AUGGUUGCGAUCGCAGACGAGACGAAACCCAGCCUCACAACCCUCCCUGGAAAUGCACCCCUCGAGGAGAUCAUCGCGAUUAUCAAGCGUGACGGAGCGUGCAUAAUCAAGGACCUCGUUUCGAUAGAGUCACUCCAUACGGUUAAGGCCGAAGCACAAGCUUCCCUGGAUGCCGAUGUCCCGACUGAUGGCACCUUCUUCCCACAAGAGACACGACGAACCUACUCCCUCAUUCAGUGCUCACCAACGUUUUCAACUGAUGUGCUUAUGAACAAGACCAUCGUGGCCGUUGCCAAUAACUUUGUGACAUCCAGACACUCUUACUGGUCUGGCGAGCGGCGUACUGCGCUAUCACCCCCACAAGUUUCUGCAACAGGGGCAAUUGUGCUGGGGCCUGGUGCAAAAGCACAAGAUUUUCACCGCGACGACCACUGCUGGCACGUCACGCGUGGUGCUGCUGACAUAUACGAAGAUGGCCGUGAUGUUCAGCUUUCUGUCCUUGUUGCUGGAUCCCGCGCCACCAAAGAGAAUGGCGCUACUCGUGUUAUCCCGAAAUCACACCUCUGGGAUGAUGAAAGGGAGCCAAAGUGGGAGGAUGGUGUCGCGUUCGCCGAGAUGGAGCCUGGCUCUGGCAUGUUGUUCCUCGGAUCAGUUUAUCAUGCGGGGGGUGAAAACACGACAGAGAACGAGUACCGUUACCUAUAUGCUAUCGGCUAUCUUCGCGGCUAUCUACGCCAGGAGGAGAAUCAGUACCUAGCAGUGCAGCCAGAGGUUGCUAGAAAACUACCUCCAGAGGUUCAGGAUUUCAUGGGCUACAGCGUCAGCGCCCCAUUCUGUGGUUGGGUGAAGUUUGAUUCUCCAGCGAAGAUGCUGCGAGGAGGAGAGCUUAGACCGAGAGACUUCUAUUAG